GGCUCCGCGCAUCUCUCCAGCCGGCUCGGGAGCGAGCAGGGGAGGGGCCCGCAAGCGGCAGGCGCCCGAGGGCUGGUGGAAUCCGCUCUCCGCUGCGGGCAGCCGGGCCCCUGGCUGUGGCAGCUGCUGCUGGUGGCCGGGAGGUGCCCGCGCCCGCGCGGGGUGGCGGAGCAGCGGGGCGGGGCCGCGGCCAGUGGCCCCGGGAGAGCCUCAGGCAGCAUGGCGGGGCUGCGGGCCAGGCAGGCCUCUGGGCUCCGGCUGCUGGCGCUGUCCACGCUCGGCUUCUGCCUAAUGCUGCACGUCGGUGCCAAGAGGCCCCCUAAGAUGCCCCCCUGCCCGCCCAGCUGCUCCUGCACCAGGGACACGGCCUUCUGCGUGGACUCUAAGGCAGUGCCCAGGAACCUGCCCUCCGAGGUCAUCUCUCUGACGCUGGUGAAUGCUGCCUUCUCGGAGAUCCAGGAUGGAGCAUUUUCCCACCUGCCACUGCUGCAGUUCCUGUUACUCAAUUCCAACAAGUUUACUCUGAUUGGAGACAACGCGUUCACAGGACUGUCGCACCUGCAGUACCUCUUCAUUGAGAACAAUGACAUCUGGGCACUAUCCAAGUUUACUUUCAGAGGACUCAAGUCUUUGACACACCUCUCACUGGCCAACAAUAACCUGCAGACACUGCCUAGAGACAUCUUUCGGCCCCUGGAUAUCCUGAGUGACUUGGACCUGCGAGGCAACUCGCUCAACUGUGACUGCAAGGUGAAGUGGCUGGUGGAGUGGCUGGCGCACACCAACACCACAGUAGCCCCCAUCUAUUGUGCCAGCCCACCCCGCUUCCAAGAGCACAAGGUGCAGGAUUUGCCUCUGCGGGAGUUUGACUGCAUCACCACAGAUUUCGUGCUGUACCAGACCCUGCCCUUCCCAGCAGUGUCGGCUGAGCCCUUCCUCUACUCCAGCGACCUCUAUUUGGCUCUGGCCCAGCCAGGUGUCAGUGCUUGCACUGUCCUCAAGUGGGACUAUGUCGAACGGCAGCUUCGAGACUAUGAUAGAAUCCCAGCUCCUUCUGCAGUGCACUGCAAGCCGAUGGUGGUGGACAGCCAGCUGUACGUGGUUGUGGCUCAGCUGUUUGGCGGCUCUUACAUUUACCACUGGGACCCCAACACCACACGCUUCACCAAGCUGCAGGACAUUGACCCGCAGCGCGUGCGCAAGCCCAAUGACCUGGAGGCCUUCCGUAUCGAUGGCGACUGGUACUUUGCUGUGGCCGACAGCUCCAAGGCUGGUGCCACCAGCCUCUACCGCUGGCACCAGAAUGGCUUCUACUCCCACCAGGCCCUGCACGCCUGGCACCGUGAUACUGACCUGGAAUUUGUAGACGGCGAGGGCAAGCCAAGGCUCAUUGUGUCUAGCAGCUCCCAGGCACCUGUCAUCUACCAGUGGAGUCGCACCCAGAAGCAGUUUGUGGCCCAGGGUGAGGUGACCCAGGUGCCUGAUGCCCAGGCUGUGAAACACUUCCGCGCUGGCCGCGACAGCUACCUGUGUCUCAGCCGCUACAUCGGCGACUCCAAGAUCCUGCGCUGGGAGGGCCCCCGCUUCUCCGAGGUGCAGGCCCUGCCCUCCCGGGGCUCACUGGCCCUGCAGCCCUUCCUUGUGGGUGGCCGCCGUUACCUGGCACUGGGCAGCGACUUCUCCUUCACACAGAUCUACCAGUGGGAUGAGGGGCGACAGAAGUUUGUGCGGUUCCAGGAGCUGGCUGUGCAGGCCCCUCGGGCCUUCUGCUACAUGCCUGCUGGAGAUGCCCAGCUGCUCCUGGCCCCCAGCUUCAAGGGGCAGACGCUUGUGUACCGACACAUCGUGGUGGAUCUCAGUGCCUAGAGGGGUGCCAAGGCCUCUGGGUUCCUCGGACAGCCACUGGAGGCUAAGGGGGAGCCUCUGUGUGAGCAGUAUGUGUGCCCAUGUGAAGACACAUGUAGCUAACCUGCAUACGUGCCCUCACAUACGUAUACUCCGUUGAGCGUGGGCAGACACUGACUAGCGCAGGGGAGCUACAAUGAAGACUCAUAUAUGCACCAGGCAACCCAGUACCCAGUGCCCUCCCAUAUGUGGACACCUGUUGACCCCACACUCCAUCCGCAAGCCCCUCUCCCUCCAUUGCCUUCCACAUGCUCUGGCCCUGGGGGCAGGGUGCUGGGAGGGAGGCUGAACCGCCCCCUCCUGUUGUCCAGCUUAUCCUUCUGACUCUCUGGUCUUUCCUGUUGGUGCUCUAGGUGUCUGUGUACCUGCUCAUGCCCCACGUUGCAGCCCACAGCCACAUCCUUCAGACUGCUGGGGCACUUACCCAUGCUACGCUCCUUGUGCAUGCACACGUGGACGCUGACGGACGCCAUCAAUUACAUGCACCACACCCCUGUCGACACUCCCAUUUCUGCGUGCACACAUGCACAUUCAGGACUGCCUAAAGGCUCUCCCCUCCGUGACCUCAUCUCUCUUCUUAGAGGGGGCACACAGUCCCCAUCCUCCUAUGCUCAGCCCUGGUGUGCCCACCCUGCAGCUGAUAUGGAUGGGAGUGGUGGUGCCAGCCUCUUUGCGCCAGCUUGACCUCUUGGGGGCAAAGCCCUUCUGCCUGAAGCAAUAACAGCAGCCCCAGCAGCCCCUGACUUCUCCCCAGUGCUGGCUCUGUUCCCACUGGAGUUUCCUUCUCUGACCCUCAAUCUGGCUUGCCUGUGGACAGGAGACCACUCAGAUGAAAACCUUUCUGCUUUUGUUUCCUGUAGCUGCCCUCGCCUUGGACCACCCCCUGGGUUCAGCCCCGCCUGUGGGCUGUGGACUCUGAACUGUGCUGGCUUCUUCGGGUGUGUUCAAGAGCUGGCCCAGCCAGGGACCCUGCAAAUACCCGAGCCAUCUGGGCAGGUGGCAGGAGUGGAGCUGAGCCAGAGAGCGUCUUGGGGGCCCUGGGACCACUCUAAUCCACAGAGGCACACCCCAGGAGCACUG